AUGCAAAUACGAGUUCCCCGUUUAGAUUUACACUAUUUAAAGCAGCUGACUGGAAUUUAUCCUGUAAACUUGGCAAAAAGUUAUAUUCAAGAUAAACUUCAAAGAGAAGAAACUAAUAUUCUUCAAUUUGACGAAUUGGUGGAGGAUCCGAGCAUUUCACGAAUCCGAGUGUACUCCAGAUUUCGUAAUAUAUGUAAGUAUAUGUUGUGGAUAUAUUUUACGAUUGACGAAAAUGUCGAUCAUCAACCUUUAGAACUUCACUAUUAUUGUACUUGUAAGUCGGAAGCUAGAACUUUAGGAACAUGUGCUCAUGUGGCCAGUGUAUUAUGGUUUUUGGGUUAUGCUAGAUAUGAACAAAAUAUGAGAUAUCCAUCUAUUCAACUCUUAAAUGAAAUUACUGAUGCAGCUGAAAGGAUGCUACCAGAAAAUAUUGAUCAUGGUCCAGAACUUGUAGAAAUUUAA